CUCGUAGUCCGUCAUCUCGGCCUCCUCUCCAUCCAAAGUGAGCAAUAUUGUUUUGAAUCAUAAUCAUUUACAGGACGUGCCAAAGGAAACAAUAAUAGCGACAAUGACUACACCCGAGCCCCCACCUGGAUCGCAGAGCAUUGAGCAGAUACUGGCAUCAGCGAGAUCCGAACUCAAACGUCUAACACCGAAGGAAGCCUACGAGAAGUUGACGGGAAACCGAGAUCCCCCGGCGAUUCUGGUGGACAUACGCCCGGCGGCUCAGCGUGCCGCCAAAGGAGAAAUCGAAGGCUCCCUCAUCAUCGAGCGCAAUGUGCUCGAAUGGCGAUUUGAUCCUCAGUCCAAGACUCGCCUGCCGAUUGCAGAUCGGUAUGAUCACAACAUUAUUGUUCUCUGCCAGGAGGGCUACACGAGUUCGUUGGCCGCCAAAGCCUUGAGGGACAUUGGAUUGAAGAAUUCUACCGACGUUGUUGGUGGGAUCAGAGAUUGGCAGGAGGCGGGUCUGCCGACGAAACUGUGAUCGUUAGAAGUUUCAAGCGUCGGCACGAGAUUUUGUUCUUUCAGCACCACAGCAUGGGGGCUAGCAUUCCUAAACUGGAUACAUCGAACAUUCCAACAAAUGUCGUAUCUGCUUCUUGCCCUGCCAAAUGUGAUUGACAAUACUAGUGAGGUGUCUCCCUUAGACGGCUCUUCCGCAAGUGAUUACUUUAACAAGUCAAGCC